AUGCCUGCAAGCAAUUAUGCAGCUGCUCCAAAUGACGUAGAAAACCAAAUCAAACCUCUAGAAACUUCUCUCCACGAAGAGCUGGUUUGCCUGUCUCCCUUGUCCUCUUCCUGCUGCAUAAACAGAGUUCCUUAUCACAUACGAGUUAAAAAUGAACAGGCAUACACACCUAAAGUGGUGUCCAUAGGCCCGCUUCACCAUGGGAAUGAUGCCUUCAAAGCCAUGGAAGAGCACAAAAAGAGGUACCUCUCAGAUUAUCUAGAUCGCACAAAGGUUCGUGUCGAAGAUUACAUAAAGAAAAUAAGGCAGCAAGAAGCAAGACUGCGUGAUUGCUAUGCAGAAACCAUCGAGUUGAGCAGAGAUGAAUUUGUAAGAAUGGUUGCAGUUGAUGCUGCAUUCCUAAUUGAGCUGUUAAUCAGGUUCGAGAAGAAAGAUUUUCAACGAGACGGAGACCGUUUAUUCGGCAAUCCAAACCUGUUCUAUGACGUACGACCUGACUUGUUCUUGCUUGAGAAUCAAUUGCCCUUCUUUAUUCUUGAGAAUGUCUUUGAUCUAUACACUAGAGGAAUUGAAGGAGUAGUCCAUUCGAGGAGAGCAACUAAUGAGCUCUUAGUUGAGAUUUGUACCAACUUCAUAUUUGCUCUGGUGGGUGGUGAGCCUAGUAAGAAAGAGCAUUGUUUGGCUUUGAUACGUGGUACUGACAUGACCCGCCUGCAGCAUUUUGUUGAUCUUAUAUACAUUGUGUGUCGUCAACCAUUCGGAGCAAGAAGUAGAGGGAAGCCGGAGAGUCUAACCAUACCAACCAUCACGGAGCUACACCAUGCCGGAGUUGAGUUUAAGACAACGCCAAACAAAACAAAGCUAUUUGAUCUUGGCAUAGAAUUCAGCUUCAGCGAUGGAGUUCUGACCAUACCAAACUUCGUACUCAACCUUACAAUGGGGGACAUAACUCUGAACAUGAUUGCCUAUGAACAAUGCUAUGUUCCUACGUUAUAUCCAAGUGACUGUGUUAAGCUCAUCAAAGAUCUUGUGAGAACCCCAGGUGAUGUGGAGUUGCUUGUUGAUAAAGGAGUUGUUACAAAUAAAUCUGUUCUCGACGAACGAAAUGGCUUCGACCUUGAUCAAUGA